AUGUCCUCGCGUUUGGAUGGGGAGGCUGUGCAGAUCUUCAGCAUCAUUGCGCGCUCGAUGUCCAACCGGGAGACGCGAGGACUCGUAGAAUAGCGGCGCUCAGACAUCGGGAAUAUCGACUAAUCGGGUGACAUCAUGAGCAAAGUGCAGGGAGGGAUGAAAUGCGUCAAGUACCUGCUUUUCGUUUUCAACUUCAUCUUCUGGCUUUCGGGCCUGUUGGUGCUGGCCGUGGGACUUUGGCUCAGAUUUGACCCAGAAACAGCGGAGCUGCUGACAGGGGACGGAGCCCCCGACACCUUCUUCAUAGCUGUGUACAUCCUCCUCGGUGCAGGCGGGUUGAUGACGAUCGUCGGGUUCUUUGGUUGUUUCGGAGCUGUUCGUGAGUCUCAGUGUCUUCUGGCAUCGUUCUUUGCUUGCCUUAUCAUCAUCUUUGGAGCAGAGAUUGCUGCCGGAGUGUUCGGAUUCGUAAACAAGGAACAGAUUAUUGAGGAAGUCCAAAAGUUUUACAGCAGCUCCUUAGUUGACGUCACCACUCCGAACGGCACCGACAUCGCUUCCAUUUACCACAGAACCCUGAACUGUUGCGGAGGUUCCACGUCGGACGUGAACAAGGAGCUGUGCGAGGGGCAGCAGGACGUUCAGGACUGCCUCACCGCCAUAACGGAGUUCUUUGAUGAAAAGCUGCAUAUUAUGGGAUACACCGGGAUCGGGAUGGCGGGGGUCAUGAUCAUAGGAAUGAUCUUCAGUAUGGUUCUGUGCUGUGCCAUCAGGAACAACAGGGAGGUUAUAUAGAUGGUGAGUCGACCCCCCCCCCCAUCACACGCCCCCUGACCCCUUCAUAGAAGCCCGUCUGAGGGGAAAAGCCAAAGUUACAUUUCAAUGUCAAUUCAAAUAGUCCAGAGUGAUCUGGGGGGGGUUCACUCAACACUAACAGGGAGAGCGAGCACAUCCCAGUUGUCCACGGGCCAAAUUCAACACGACAGGUUGGAAUCGUCACCUUCACACCCCCUGAACUCCACCAGCGCUGGAAGUGGUCAUUUCCUCUGCUCCUCCGCGUAACGCACCGUCUGCUUUUCGGCGAAAACUCUGCAUCAUUCGCCGGUUUUGGUCACAGAAUGGUUCACUGUGAGCUACUAGUCGCUACACAAAGCCUUCGUUCGACACACGAAUGUGCUGUAAAUAUGGACCGCCGUUUCAUGCAGUUAACUAUUUAUUGUGCCCUUUCCAGCCCACGUUUUGUAAUCAAUACUUGUGUGUGAUUAAAUGUUUCCGAGGACUGUAGCGGACCUUUGCCGAGUAGAUUUCCAUCGUGUGCCUAUUUAGUCAAACAGGAAACCAGUCUUCAGCCUCGGCCCUAUUUACCUACACCGCGUGGUUUCCGUGUGUACAUACUGGCCACCACUGUCAAGUAUUUCUACUGGAAAGCACCGUAGAGGAAGUGUAGAUGUGAUGUAAACGUCAACGCCUUAGGGAAGGUCUGAUGAUAAACCUGCAAUCUCAAUCUCCAAAUUCAUCUAAAAAGGUCACAAAUAACUCUUUUGUAUUCCUGUGUGAACUGUAACAGUGACGUGGUUUGCUUUGUGUGGGAAUUAUUUUCUGGAUGUAAAUUUUGUUGUUGUGCCAAUGAGAUGUGGAUUAUAGCAUAAUAAAGUUUCUGCCAUUAUAACAGUAAUAAAACAAAAUAUUGGGUGCUUUUA